AUGUACCCCACCAUUGUUAGCACAGAAUGGCUAGGGGACCACGUGCAAAAGAGUGCAGUUCGUCUAUUUGAUUGCACACUCUAUUCUGGCAUUUCAGCCGCAGAGGCAUCAGAGAGGUUCAGCAAGGCUCACAUUCCCACAGCGGCACAAUUUCGCGUACAGCUAGAUAUAGAUGUCGAUCUGGAUGAAUAUACCAUCAUCCCUAAGCCGAACAUCUUUGCUAAGUAUGUAACCAUGGCAGGACUGUCAAGGGGACUGCACUGUGUGUUAUAUGAUACAGAUGGAAAGAGCGCAUAUAGAAUAUGGUGGCUUUUAAAUUUCUUCUCCCAUCCUAAAGUGUCGAUCUAUCCUGGCGGUCUUAAGGAGUGGAUCGAGAAAGGAAUGCCCAUAGACUCCAAGCGGAAAGUACAGCAAAUCUCGGUGCCAAAAACCGCCUUUUCUUCACACCCUCGUUUUGAAAUGAUUGUUAAACCGUCCGAUAUACGUCGAUUUGUCUUACAGAAUAUCAGUGAUAAAACCGAUGUUGUUUCCACCCUGUAUCCAAGAUUCUUUACAAUGAUAGAAGAGAUUGACAUGGCCCUUGACUCUAAGUCCUUUGUAUCGCGACUCGAAAUUGGUGACACAAGCUCAUCUUCUAGUCCUACAGAGAAUACUGUUAGACAAUUGGUUGAUGUCCGUGCAAUAAGACGAGAUGAACAUCCCUGUCAAAUAGAUUGCAAUUACGUUGAUCAAGAUGAAAGCGGGGAUCCUUGUAGUACAUCAACGAGCGGAGAGGGAAGCCUGCACGAAAAAGAUCUGCAGGCACUGCAUCAUACACCACAGACACAGCAAGCACGGUUAGAGUCCAUUCCCUUUUCUCUUAUAAUGCCAUAUACCAGCUUCUUGGAUGAAAGUGGUGUGAUAGUAGGUAGUUCCGCUGUUCUCAGAUCCAAGUUCCGCUCAGCAGGGAUAGACAUAACAAAGCCGGUGACAUUUUACGGAGAUAGUGGAUAUGAAACUUCUGUUGCUGUAUUGGCAGCUGUGUUAGCCAGCGGACAAAGCCCCAGUAUCUAUAGCAUACUAAAGGAUCCACUCCUUAGGUUUUGGUCAGUGUACGGAGGCUCACUAAAUACUGCCCACUCCGAUGAUAAGUGA